CAGCUGCAGGAGCGGGUCGAGCGCGGGGAGCCGCGGGGCAGGAGGUCGCAGUGAGUGUGCAGGUCGAGGAGGUGUCCGCACACAAGAUGCCAUUCACGGCGGCACUGCAGGACACUGGUGAUUCCUGGCUGGAGCAACCAACGGCCCAUCGUGUGGACAGAUCUCUGGAGGAGUCCGGAGAGAGGGAAACCCCAGGGCCUCAGGCCAAGACACCUCCUGUCCCCAGAGAGGAGCCCCUGCCCCCCCAGGACUCAGGUGCUGGGACCCUGAGCAGCGCUGAGCAGAAACCUCCUGGAGCAGAGCCUGUGAAGCUGGAGCUGCAGAGGACUUGCCCAGGGGGACUGGAGGAGAGGGGCUCCCUGACACCUGAGCCGGGCCCAGUGCAGGAGGGGCAGGGCAGGCCUCCAAAGCAGGGGCAGAGCCUGGAGCUCCGGGAGGUGUUUGAGGCUGUGGCAGUGUAUUUCACGCGGGAGGAGUGGGAGCUGCUGGAAGAUGAAGACAAGGUGCUUUACCAGGACCAGAUGCUGAAGAAUUACCAAGCCCUCGUUUCCCUGGGAUAUCGAGGUCCUACACCUGCCUUAAUCUGCAGCAUCCAGCAAGGACAGGUGGAGCUCUGGGGCUGUGAUGAUGAGGACCUUGGGAAAAUCACAAGAUCAGAGGACCUGCUGCUGGGGCCUGUGGUGAUGAGGCUGAAAGAGUACUCAGAGUGUGGGAAGAGCUUCCCCAGAUCCUCCAACCUGACCAAACACUGCCUCAUACAGCCAGCGGAAAAGCCACAUCAGUGCUCAGUGUGUGGGAAGACCUUCAAACUGUCUUUCCACCUGGCCAAACACCAGCGCAUCCACACAGGGGAGAAGCUACAUCAGUGCUCAGAGUGUGGGAAGAGCUUCACCCGAUCCUCCAACUUGACCCAACACUGGCUCAUCCACACAGGAGAGAAGCCACAUCAGUGCUCAGAGUGUGGGAAGAGGUUCAGACAGCUCUCUGUCCUUGCCCAGCAUCGGCUGAUUCACAUGCGAGAGAAGCCACAUCAGUGCUCGGAGUGUGGGAAGAGCUUCACCCAAUCCUCCCACCUGACCCAACACCGGCUCAUCCACACGGGGGAGAAGCCACAUCAGUGCUCAGAGUGUGGGAAGAGGUUCAGCGUGUCCUCCAACCUCACCCAACACCAGCGCAUCCACGCAGGAGAGAAGCCACAUCAGUGUUCAGAGUGUGGGAAGAGGUUCAACCUGUACUCCUACCUGACCAAACACCAGCUCAUCCACACGCAGGAGAAGCCACAUCAAUGCUCAGAGUGCGGGAAGAGAUUCACCCGAUCCUCCAGCCUGACCCAACACUGGCUCAUCCAUACAGGGGAGAAGCCACAUCAGUGCUCAGUGUGUGGGAAGAGGUUCAACCUGUCCUCCACCCUGACCAAACACCAGCGCAUCCACACAGGGGAGAAGCCACAUAAGUGCUUGGAGUGUGGGAAGAGCUUCACCCAAUCCUCCAACCUGACCCAACACCAGCUCAUCCACACGGGGAAGAAGCCUCAUCAGUGCUUGGUGUGUGGGAAGAGCUUCAACCUGUCCUCCUACCUGACCAAACAUCAGCUUAUUCACAUGCAGGAGAAGCCACAUCAGUGCUUGGAGUGUGAGAAGAGGUUCACACAGCUCUGUGACUUGGCCCAGCACCAGCUCGUCCACACAGUGGAGAUGCCACAUCCAUGCUCAUAAUGUGGGAAGAGCUUUACCCAGUUUUCCCGCCUGGUCCAGCACCAGAUAAGGCACACUGGGAAGAAGCUCCACACAUGCACCAAGUGUGGGAAGAGCUUCAACCGAUCCUCCAACCUGACUGAACACCGACUCAUCCACACCGGGGAGAAGCCACAUCAGUGCUUAGAGUGUGGGAAACGGUUUUACCUGUCCUCCUACCUGACCAAACACCAGCACAUCCACAAAGGGGAGAAGCCACAUCGGUGCUCGGACUGUGGGAAGAGCUUCAGCCGAUCCUCCAACCUGACCCAACACCAGCUCAUCCACACAGGGGAGAGGCCACAUCAGUGCUUGGAGUGUGGGAAGAGCUUCCAACAGCUGUCUAACCUAACCCAGCACCAGCGUAUUCACACACGGGAGAAGCCAUAUCGGUGCUUGGAGUGUGGGAAAAGCUUCACCCGAUCCACCCACCUGACUGAACACCGACUCAUCCACACAGGAGAGAAGCCACAUCAGUGCUUAGAGUGUGGGAAGCGGUUCUACCUGUCCUCCUACCUGACCAAGCACCAACACAUCCACACAGGGGAGAAGCCAUAUCAGUGCUCACAGUGUGGGAAGAGCUUCACCCAAUCCUCCAACCUCACCCAACACCGCCUCAUCCACACAGGGGAGAAGCCACAUCAGUGCUCGGAGUGUGGGAAGAGCUUCCGACAGCUGUCUGACCUCACCCAGCACCGACUUAUUCACACAGGGGAGAAGCCACAUCGGUGCUUGGAGUGUGGGAAGAGCUUCACCCGAUCCUCCGACCUGACCAGACACCACCUCAUCCAUACAAGAGACAAGCCACAUCGGUGCUUGGAGUGUGGGAAAAGCUUCACCCGAUCCUCCCACCUGACUCAACACCAGCUCAUCCACACAGGGGAGAAACCACAUCAGUGCUCACAGUGUGGGAAGAGGUUCUGCCUCCCUUCCUACCUGACCAAACACCAGCGCAGCCACACAGGGGACAAGCCACAUCGGUGCUCGGAGUGUGGGAAAAGCUUCACCCGAUCCUCUAGCCUGACCAAACAUCGCCUCAUCCACACAGGGGAGAAGCCACAUCAGUGCUCACAGUGUGGGAAGAGCUUCAGACAGCUCAGCAGCCUGACCCAUCACCAGCUUAUUCACACGCAAGAGAAGCCACAUCAGUGCUUGGAGUGUGGGAAGAGCUUCACCCUGUCCUCCACCCUGACCAAACACUAUCGCAUUCACACAGGGUAGAAGCUUGUUCAGAGUAUUGAAUACUCAGUGUUCAGAGUGUGGAAAGAGCUUCACCCAUCUUUCCCACCUGGUCCAGCACUAGGUCAUCCACACAAAGGAGAAGCCGUAUUGAUGCCGAGAGGAGUGCGAUAAGCUUCUCCCAGUCCUCUAACCUGGCCUGGCACCACCUUAUCCAUACGGGGAGAAGCCUCAUCAGUGCUCACAAAGAGGGCAGACCUGUGGUGGGCCAGUAGGGGGCGCUCCUACAUUAAGCCACCCGCCCCCCUGUUCCUGACCAAACCAUGCUUGGGGUGCCUCCCUGGGGAGCCUGCAUCUGGCCAAGCCCUUCCUGGAUCAUGCCCACAAGCCUGGGGUAACCGCUGCCACCACCCAGGCCCUGCUCUUUGUUAGGGCUCUGUACCACCCGGGGUACACAUCCUGUUGACCUUAGAGGUGCUUAGCACACUGUGAUAUUUUGGGGUGCUUCUUUUAGCCUGAAGCAUUCACUAGUAGCCUCCUGCAAGGCAGGGAAGUCAAAAAGCCAUGCCCUCUUUAGCCAGCCGAGCAAAGGGGCUAUACAGGCAAGUCUCAGCCACAUAAGCAGUUACAGCACGGCGUGCUAUGGCAGAUAGCUUUGUUGCUUAAAGAGGGAGUGGGGGAGGAAGGAAUACAAAACUGUAUGUUGAAAGAAAACCAAGUUGAGCAAAACAGAA